AUGGCCGAAGCGAACGCGACGCGACAGGCAGAGUGCAGCGUGCUGGAGCAGUCGGAACAGCAGCAGCCUCCACAGCCGCCGUCUCCGCCCCCACGAGCGUCUCCGCCCCCGGCGCCUACGCCGCCGCCGCCGCCCCCGGAGCCGACUUCGCCGUCGCCGCCAGGUCCCGAGCUCGGCAGCAGCAAGGAGCCGAGCGCCGCCGCCGCCGCCGCCGCCGCCGCCGCCGCCGCCUCCGCGGACCUCGCUCUGAGUCGCGUGCCGCUGGGCUCCACGCCUCUCUCCGUCGCCUCAAGUAUGCUGCUUCUGCAGACGCAGGCCCCGUUCGGAUCGAGCAGCUUCGCGGACCUGCUGUCCGCGCCCUACUCGGAGGAGACCGGCGCGCUUUCCGAGGACAUCGACCCGUUCCCGGACGUGGUCUUCCAGACCGCCCCCGAGCCGCCAGCACCCGCGCCCGCGCCCGCCCCCGCGCCGGCGCCGCUGCCCAGCUUCCAGGAGACGUACUCCCCGCGCUACCCGCACCAGGCCGCCGCCGCCGCCGGGCCCUACAAGAUGGACGACGACUGCUACAACGUGGCGCCCCCCUACAACCACCACCAGCAGCACCAGCCGCACCACCACCACCACCAGCCGCUGGUGACGGCCAUGUUGCGGCAGGUGGCGGGCGCGUCGCCGUACGAGUUCGCGCCGUCGCCACACCCGCAGCACGCGCCCUUCGCGCCGUACUUCCCUCCGGCGGGCGCGCCGCCGCCGCCGCAGCAGCCGCCGCAGCCCAGCCCGGGCGCCGCCGCCGCCGCCGGCUUCGACCCCCUCGUCUGCCACGAGUCCUACUCCCUGCCGCACUUCCCCAGCGAGCUGCACGUCGCCGCCACCGCGCUCAGCCCGCGCCAGCGGAGGGCCUCGCUGCCCCUGCAGCGCUCGGAGUCCACCACCAGCAGCAGCAGCGAGUCGCCCAAGCUGCGCGUGCUGACAGCCGCGGGCCCGCCGCCGUCCGCGUCGUCGUCCGCGUCCAGCUCGCCGGGCGCCGGGCCGGGCCCGGAGGCGCUGGUGGCGCCCCCGGCGAGCGUGGCCGCCGCCGCCGUCGCCGCCGCCAGCGCGCAGCCGCCGCCGCCGCCCGCCGCCCCCGGGCCGUCCGGCAGCCGCGCGGGGCCCGCGGGCUCGGCCGCGCCGCCCAGCCCGUCUCAGCUGUGCGCCGUCUGCGGCGACACGGCCGCCUGCCAGCAUUACGGCGUGCGCACCUGCGAGGGUUGCAAGGGCUUCUUCAAGCGCACCGUGCAGAAGGGCUCCAAGUACGUCUGCCUCGCCGACAAGGCGUGCCCCGUGGACAAGCGGCGGCGCAACCGCUGCCAGUUCUGCCGCUUCCAGAAGUGCCUCGCCGUCGGCAUGGUGAAGGAGGUGGUGCGCACCGACUCGCUCAAGGGCCGGCGCGGCCGCCUGCCGUCCAAGCCCAAGUCGCCGCAGGAGUCGCCGCCGUCGCCGCCCGUCUCGCUCAUCACGGCGCUGGUGCGCGCGCACGUCGACACGUCGCCCGACCUCGCCAGCCUCGACUACUCGCAGUACCGCGAACCGUCGCCGACGGAACCAGUGAUCAGCGAGGCAGAGAAGGUGCAGCAGUUCUACAACCUAUUGACGACGUCCGUCGACGUGAUACGCGCCUUUGCAGAUAAAAUCCCCGGCUUCACGGACCUGUGCCGCGAAGACCAGGAACUGCUCUUCCAGUCCGCUUCCUUAGAGCUCUUCGUUCUGCGGCUAGCGCACAGAACACGGCCAGAUGACACGAAGCUGACUUUUUGCAAUGGAGUUGUGCUUGACAAGCAACAAUGCCAGCGAAGUUUCGGAGACUGGCUGCAUGCAAUUAUGGAGUUCUGUCAGUCCUUACAUGCUAUGGAUAUUGACAUCUCUGCUUUUGCUUGCCUUUGUGCACUCACUUUGGUCACAGAACGGCAUGGUCUGAAAGAACCACAUAAAGUAGAGCAACUGCAAAUGAAGAUUAUAAGCUCGCUCAGGGACCAUGUCACAUACAAUGCUGAAGCUCAACGCAAGCCGCAUUACUUCUCCCGUUUGCUUGGGAAACUUCCUGAACUUCGAUCACUGAGUGUACAGGGGCUCCAGAGGAUUUUCUAUCUGAAGCUGGAAGAUCUUGUUCCUGCUCCACCACUGAUUGAGAAUAUGUUUGUGGCAAGCCUGCCAUUUUGAACUGAAAAUGACAUUUUACUGCAUCUCAAAUGUUAUCAGAACUCAGCACUGCUUCCAGCAACAAACCUAUUGUGUUGUCUAAAGCAAGUGUAUUAUGUGAAAGAAUUUGCUUGGAGAUUCCAUGCAAGAGAAAUGCUGUACAAUUUGAGCACCUGUCUUCAUGUUGCUCAUGAGUUCAGAGUGGCACAUUCAUGUUCUUUUCUUGUUCUGGAUGUGAACAUUUCGUGUGAUACAUAGAUAACAAAGGAAUCUCCAGUUACAUUAUAGAUUCUGUGGCAACCCAGCUGGUCUGGUGCAUAUGGAUUUCAUUUUUGCCUCCAGCUAAGAUUCUUACAAAGUGAAACAAUCUGCAGCAACAAUUAUCUGUACAUACACACACACAAACACACGUGUGUUUGUGUGUGUGUGUGUGUGUGUGUGUGUGUGUGUGUUAUUGCAUUCACAUGUACAUGUGUUUGCACUCACACAUAAAAGGAUAUAAUCAUGUAUGCCUAGGUCAUGUGUUAAUACAAGAACCUGUUUGCCGAUUUGUGUUGACUGUGUGCAAGUGCACAUGUAUGAGUAACCUGUGUGUGUGUGUGUGUGUGUGUGUGUGUGGGUGGGUGGGUGGGUGUGUGUGGGUGUGCGCGCGCGCAUGUGCAUACGUGAUCAGUGUGCAGGAAAUUAUGAAUAGAUGCUGCUGAUGAGACUGAAAGAAGAGUAGAUUAGCAUGAAGAGGAGCUGAUAUAUGAUAUGAGAGGGAAAUGAAAUGACAAUUUUGGUUCUGACAGAAGAAUCAAAGUAUAUGUGUUUGUAAAUAUAUGUGUGCAGAUUUUUAGCAUUUUGUGUAAUGGAAGAUGUUUAUGCCUUCUGCCACACAUCAUAAGAUAUGUGGGCAUCUUUCUUACAGUGUUUGAAGAAUUGUGAUUAAGAGAACAUUGUUUUGCCUCAUAUACAUGAUGCCAUGUGCAGCUACUGUGUUAACUUUGUGGACAUUAAAAAACUCUUUUGUUAGUGGACUGUGAUGAAAACUGUUUCAUUCAUCUUGUGAAUGUGACGUCCUGAGUACCUUUGAUGAGACAGUACUGCAUUGUGAUAUGAUCUGAAAUGAUAUGAUGUUAAACCUUUUAGUAUGUCAACAACACAAAUUUUAACAUUCUAAAUAUAUUUAAACGAGUAAGUGUAUAAUAUUUGUGCACAUACUAUCGACGAGUUGGACUUCACGCACAAUGUAAAUGUUUUGUGAAAAUGCAAUAUUUUUGUUUGUGAUUGAAUUUACAUUUAUUGAAAAUGGAAGUUACCUAGUUAUGCCAGAAAUUACUAUUACUACCACUACCACCAUUAUUAUUAUUACCAUUAUUAUUAUUACUGUUAUUAUUAGUAUCACCAUUAUUUUUGUAUUAAUGUUAUUAUCAUUAUUAUUAUUGUCAUCAUCAUCCUCAUCUCAGACUGAAGUCACACGACGAGUUGUUUCACAUUGACUAUUACAUUUCAGAAAUGCUCGAAAGGGACAGAAAAUAUUAUCAUUUUCUACAUAAUGUUUUCUUUCAAUGUUUAAUGAACUGUCCAGUGAGUGUGUAAUAGACAAUAUCUUCAACCAUACACUAAGAUUAAUAGUGCGUUUCAUUUUCACGUUUUUUCAUCAAACAGCCCAUGAAAGAGGGGCAUAAAAUAACAUUCAUGGCAUUGCAUUACUGAAUAUGAAUGUUAAUGUCUUACUUUCAUAUUUUUGUGUACAAUACUGAUCCCAGAUGAUCCAAAUUACCUUCAAUUAUAAAGUUUAAUCUCUUUCAAACACUUUUUUUAUGAUGUUUCUUGAAUAUUACAUAUCAUUAAUAUUACUUCACAUUAUCAUAAAUUCACUGGAUGCUAUAAGUGUAUUUAAGACAUAUUACUGUAAUUGUUAUCUGUCAUUCAUAACAAGAUGUUUAAUAACAUGUAUAUUCUGUGGACUUACUAAUAGAUGUCUUAAAUUAUUUUACAUGGCCAUAUAGGAUAAAUACACACUCUAUUCUCAUAUAUGAUAUAUUUUGAGGUACAAAGCAUUAAAUGAAUGUAUUUUCAGAAACAAAUCACGGUAUCAGAGCAGACAGUCUGUUAUUUCAUGACAGCACCAAUAUGUAAUCAGAAUUGCCUGUUGUAAUCCUAGUGCAAUUGUAUCAGAAUUAUUGUUUACAUGUUGGAUUCAUAAGAAAGGAAGUUUCAGUAAAUCCAUUGUUUUUUCGUUGCCUGAAACAAUUAUAUGGCAUGUGACUGAUAUAAUUUAAUUCAAGAAAUGCACUUUUUUCAAAAUUUAAUUUUUUUCUUUGGAAUUUCAGUUUGUCAUGAAACUGCAGACUAGUUGAGGUGGAACUAUAACGAGUGUGAUUAUGCUGUGCCGUAGUGUUGUUGAGUGCUACACUCGUGAGAGUGAGAGUUUCAAAUUAUUAACAGAUUUUCCAUAUUUUCAUCACAUAAUAUAUACUGAAAACUGUUAAAAUGAAAGUGAAGCUUCAGAGGUUAUUGGAUCUUUUGUACUGCCUUGGAGAAAUACUGCCUUUCAAGAGUUCACUGUUAUAUCUAGACGUAGUGUAUGGUACAGUAACUAUAUGCUUCUGCAGAAGAUUUGAUGUCUUUUGAAGCUGUUUUCUUUUUAUCACUUUUGUAGAGGAUCCUUUCUUCUGUUAUAGUUCUUGCCAAAACAAUGAAGUACUUGAUUUUAAAGUAGGCAUUUUCCCAGACCUGUAAUAUUUAAAUCACAUUGCAUUUCUGUAUGAUCUAACCUUAAUUAUAAGGGCUGAUACAAUUAUUUAUAGUAGCUGUAAUAAAUGUAUAUGUGAAUGUGCUGUUAGUCAAAGAAUAUGAUCCAUAAAAGCAGAGAAACGUUUUGAUAAGAUGUCUUUCUCCAUAGUGCUGCAUCGAAUGAGAUAGUCAGUAAAACAAGUUACCAUAAUUUAAAUUAACAGCAAUACAUUGUAAUUAUUAUUAUCAUUAUUAUUAUUAUUUGCAGUGGUUAUGUUAUAAAUAUAUCUCUGAAUGAAAUGGAUGUUUUCUUUCCAAGUGCACUUUAUUAUACAAACUUCAAUUACAUUUUUGCUGUUAUUUGAUUGUAUACAAAGCUUCCGUAAAGCAAUACAUUUCAGAUGUGUAAUGAGUGUUACUGAUCUAAAUAUGACACAUAUCAUUCACUUUAAGCAUGUGUAAAUAUUAUAUUUUUGUGACUUCUUGAACCUUAUAUAUAAAUCUUGAUGAGACAGAAACAUUGUCAUAAUGUUUGUUUACAGAAAUUUCAUACUGCAUUAAACAAAUUGUUUUAUAUCUUGCAUUUUCUACACAUCUGGAGAGAAGCCCAAGCUUUAUCAGCAGCAGUAAGGAACUACACACUACUCUUAGUCCCUGUUGCAUAGUUAAAUGGUAGCUGUGUGCUUUUGUGAUAUCUCUACACAGUGCAUUGUGUGUCUGAUGCAAGUGAAUAUGAUACCAAAGAUAUAUACAUAUGAAUAUGUAACAGAUUAUUUUUAUUGAUUCAAUGUAACAGCGAUUAUCGCUGUUUAUUUUUAGUUAAA